CUCACCAGCUGUAUGUAACACAUCUUUCAGUAGUUUAGUUGGAAUGGGAUCUAACAGACAUGUCGAUGAUUUGGCAUAACAUCAUACAGCUCUUCCUUUCCUAUACUUGUAAAGCAGUGUAAUUGUAAUUGUGGAGCUUUAGGUGAGACUGGAUCACGAUAUGCUGUCAGAGGUUGGACUUCCACAAAUGUGUUUCUAAUACUUAAAGUUUUUUUCAGUGAAGAAAUCCAUAAAGUCCUCACAACUAAACUGUGAGGAAAUGUCUUUUCAGAUACCUGAUUUGUUGUUAAUUUAGCCAUUGUACUAAUAGGAUUGUUUUGGAUGUUAUCAUGUUUAUCAUGUAAUUGCACUGCGUUUUCAUUCAUAAAAUGCCUUAAUUGUUCUUCUGACCAUAUCCUGUAAUACUGACUGGUAGACUUACAAGUUCCCACAUGAUAGCAGUAUUAUAUCAUAUUAUAUAACAUGAACUGUUAAUUCACUAUAUGGACAAAGGUUUGUCAACACCUGAUUCAUAUGUAACUCUUGAACAUCCCAUUUCCCAUUUAAUCUCCAUUUGCUCAUAGUAACCUCCACCCUUCUGGAAAGAUGUUCCACUAGAUUUUUUUUGGAGAUUUGUGCUCAAUCAGCCACAAGUGGGUUAGAAGUCAGGUACUGAUGUAGGUGAUGUAAGGAGGCCUGAGGUGCAGUCAGCAUUCACUUUCAUCAAAUAUUUGUCAAUAGCUUUGGAGCUCUAUAGUAGAAGAUCUUCCACACCAAACCAUGCAAAGCAUAUCUUCAUGGAGCUGGCUUUGUGCACAGAGGCACUGUCAUGCUGGACCAGUUUUGGUGAAGGAAGUGAAGGAAAAAUGUUAUGCUACCACAUCCAAAAGCAUGCAGGUGCUUAAUUUGAAAGAGGCUGAUGUAGGGUGGAACCAUUGAUGAUCCGCUGUGACGAGCCCUAACGGAGCAGCCGAAAGAAAAAGUCAUCCCCAGGCACCCUGUAAAAUCAUCCUACACAAUACUUUUUUCCAUAUAGUGUAUGUAGAGAAUAAAAUACUUUUUCCUCUCUCUUGAAAUAAAUAUAAGAAAAAUAAAGCUUUAAAACAUAUAAAUUAAUAUUUUUUAUUAUUAUUUGUUUGUUGUUAGAAUGUAGAAAGUCUCAAAUAUUUGGGUGUGUUUAAUUUCCCAGCAGCGACGUGUAGCAUCAUAGCAAGUUCCCAAAUCCUAAUCACUUUAUCCUGCUUGUAGUUAAUUAGACUUGAGGCUCAGCUUAAUGCAGCAAAUUGGCAAAUCCUUUUCUUCACCCUCUUCUUAGACUCAUAUGCUGUAUAUAAAUAUAUAUAUAUAAAUAUACACACAUAUACACACAUAUACACACACACACACACACACAUACAACAGUCACCACAUAUACAAGUACCUGUCACAUGUUUGGACAUACCUUCUGCUUCAUUGUUUUUUUUUCUUUAAUCACACACGUCACACAUUAUUAUUAUCAUAUUAUUAUGUAAUGACGAUGGACAGGAUUAGAAACGAGUUUAUUAGAGGGACAGUGCAUGUAAGACGUUUUGGAUACAAGGUAAUGGAGGCUCGAUUGAGAUGGUUUGAUCACCAUUACUGCACACCUCAACAUCGUUUAGCUGUAAUAAUUGGACAUUCGAUGCAACCCAGAUGAUGAUGAUGAGUCAUGAGUCUGGUUCCUCUCAAGGUUUCUUCCUUAUUCCAUCUCAGGGAGUUUUCCCUUGCCGCAGUCACCACCGGUUUGUUCAUCAGGGACUUACACAUAAAGAACAUCUUAUUCUUUCUUUAUCACCAGAUUAUCCGUGUAAAGCUGCUUUGAGGCAAUGUUCAUUGUUAAAAGUGCAAUACAAAUAAAAAUGAAUUGAAUUAAAGUUUGGACAUUUGCUACUAAUGGGAGCAGCUGAAAGAAGAAGAAGAAAUUAAGUAUGUUAUGUAGGAAACAAAAAUGUGUUUAACAACACAGAAUAUGUUGUAGUUUGUCCAAAGUAGCUACAUGUAGCUCUGAUGAGAGCUUGGCAAACUGAGGACAUUAUCUCCUCAGAUUCACGAGGUAGACACCUGGAAUGGUUUUCAGUUCACAGGUGUGUCUUCUCAAGAGUUCAUUUUGAGACAUUUCUUGCCUUCUUAAUGUGACCAUCAGUUGUCUUGUGCAGAAGAAAUGGUGAGUACGGAGUCUGAACGUGAGUAAUGGUCUGAACUAUUUCAAGAACUUGUGUGCAGUCACCAAAAAGAUCAAAUGCUAUGAUAAAACGGGCUUUCACGAGGAUUGUCAUAGGAAAGGAAGACCAAGAGCUACCUCUGCUGCAGAGGAUAAGUUCAUUAGAAUUACCAGCCUUAAAACCCCUGAUUUACAUAAAUGCUUUGAAAAGUUCGAGUGGCAGACAUACUUCAACAUCCACUGUUUAGAGGAGACAUCGUAAAUCAGGCCUUUAUGGUCCAAUUGUGGCAAAGAAACCAUAAUUUCAGAAGAACAACAAGUUAAAGAGACUUGCUUGGGCCAAGAAAUACAAGGAAUAGAGAUCCAUGGAAAAAUGUCUUUUGGUCUGAUGAGUCUAAUUUAAGAUUUUCGGUUCUAUUCACAGAAGAACUGUAAACAGACGGUUCCUGAAUCUAUCUAUCUAUCUAUCUAUCUAUCUAUCUAUCUAUCUAUCUAUCUAUCUAUCUAUCUAUCUAUCUAUCUAUCUAUCUAUCUAUCUAUCUAUCUAUCUAUCUAUCUAUUGUAAUAUCGUAGUAAUUUUUCAUACAAAGUGUAAUCAUGAAAACUGCCUCCAUGCCGCUCUUAAACUCAUCACGUCAUGCCGACGUUCUCCUGUGACGUCAGCCAUUGGCAACCUGGGAGCAUCACAGCUGAGUAAGUAAUCCUAUUUGUGUCUAUCUUCUUGCCUUCUGUCUCCUCUUCUCCUUGGACACCUGUUACUCAUCAGAUUGGCAAAUUAUUUCCUUCCGGAUCACAUGAUUUCUUUUUCAGUACGUUUACGUUCAACAAUGAGGUUAUUCUGUCUUUUUCUUUAUUCAUGCUUCAUGCUGCAGCUAGAAAACACUGUAGAUUAAAUAAACAGCAUGCAGGAUAUUGGAGCAAAUAAUCGCUUAGAGAAAAAAGUGCAAAUGGAUUAACAGCACCUCUGAGCAAAACAGGGAAGUAAAGGGUAGACACAAUGGUCCAUCUACCUCUUUUGCCUGAAAGACAGACAAACUUGUCGUAAUGUUGGGAGGGAACUGCUUCAACGAGUCCUACAACAUACAGAAGAUGCAGGUCCCGUCCUACCUGGCCCCGUCCUUGUCCCCUGGCUUGCGGCGCAAGCAACUGAUGUGGAAAAAUGCCGUAAAGCACAUCAUUAACCAGCAAGAGCUGAAGGAGCAAUACGGCGCCGAGCCAGCACGCAAGAUCUAUGUCACUGAUGUCUACAUUGAGGAAAUCAACCGUCAGAUACGCAGCAAGUCAUCACGCGGUUGCACCAAACGCCGUUCCUCUGUUGUCCGCGUUCAUCCGUCCUACUUCAGCGAUCAAAACAGUUCCAACAGCACGCAAGCGAGUGUGAAAUCUGAAUUCGCCGGCGAUGCUGAUUUUUUUGUGCGCUGGGGCAAGUCUAUUCAUGGGGUUUAUGUUCCAACACUGAGACACACCUUCAAAUCACGUGACCUGGAGAAGCUCUAUCAGAGGCACACAUUCUACACAAGACGUACCUCACUGGUCGUCACGAACAUUUUAGACGCUGCUGCUAAACUGCACCUGCUGGUCCUCUAUCUAGCCCUUGCACCAGAUGGAAUCGACCAUAUACAUGCUUGGAUUACAAGCUUUUUCAUGGCGUUUGCCGUAUUACUUUGUGUUCUUGUAUUUACCUGCAAGCAUUUGCAUUUUCCCGAGUGGCUGCACUAUGCCGGCAUUGCCAGCUGGAUGUCUCAGACUGCCCAGGUGCUGGUUAGGCUUGGGUACGGGCUGGAAAAUGACCCGUCCUGGUAUGUACUAUUCACCCUGUUUGCCACGUACACACUUUUGCCAUUACCGCUGCUGUGGGCCAUGGGGGCAGGCUCGCUAACUUCAACGCUGCACCUUAUUCUAGUGACUGUACAACACUUCAAUGAAGUGGGAUUGCUGAGAAAGGUUCUUGCAAAGGUGCUGCUCUAUAUGAGUGUGAACACAGCAGGACUUUUUAUCCAUUAUCUGAUAGAUCGGGCGCAGAGGCAGGCCUUCCUCGAGACGAGGCGCUGCAUUGAAGGCCACAUGAAGCUGGAGAUGGAAAACAAGAGACAGGAGCGUUUGGUUUUGUCUAUACUGCCUCGCUUUGUUGCCCUGGAGAUGAUCGCUGACAUGGCCUCCAUGGAUGAUGAACUGCUGCCUCAACAGUUUCAUAAGGUCUACAUCCAUCAGUACACCGACGUCAGCAUCCUGUUUGCUGAUAUCAAAGGAUUCACCCUGUUGUCCAUGACAAUGUCGGCGCAGGAGCUGGUGCGCACCCUCAACGAGCUCUUUUGUCGUUUUGAUCGUCUGGCUGAGGAACACCACUGCCUGAGAAUAAAGAUCCUGGGUGACUGUUACUACUGUGUUUCUGGAGUCCCAGAGCCACAGAGAGCUCAUGCUCGGUGCUGUGUAGAGAUGGGUCUUGCUAUGAUCAUCACCAUACGAAAUGUGCGAAAGCAGUUUAACUAUGAGAUGGACAUGCGGAUCGGGAUCCACUCGGGAUCUGUUCUAUGUGGCGUUCUGGGCCUGCAGAAGUGGCAGUUUGAUGUGUGGUCCUAUGAUGUUGGUGUUGCUAACAUGCUAGAAGCAGGUGGUAUCCCCGGGCGUAUCCACAUCUCACGUGCCACACUGGAUUGUCUGGACGGAAGCUACCAAACAGAGGAUGGGCGCGGUUACGAACGCAACGAGUUCCUGCGCAAGCACAACAUCGACACUUUCCUCAUUUGCCCCAAGGACGUGGAAAACAACACUGUAGAUGCGGAGCCUUCCAAAAUACGCAUGACCAUCCGCACCUCCAACACUGAACAUUUGUUUAGCAGCACCAAUAAUAUGAGCUGUAUCUUGGCGUCAUUCACAAACGGCUCUCUGCUGCAGCUGCCCAGUUCCAAAAACAGGUUUUCUAGCGCCAAAGAGAUUAAUAAACGGAUCGAGCAUGCUAUUGAUGUGCGCAGCAGUGAACGGAUGCAGCAGGAGCACAUUAUUCCUUCAACGCUGGUGUUCAAGGACACACACAUCGAAAAAAAGUUUUCCCAGAUGAGGGACGAGACAUUUAAGACCAACCUGGUCUGCUCCUUCAUCAUGCUUCUCUUCCUCAUGGCAGUCCAGGCCCUGAUCCCUGCACCCAGGCCGUAUCCCAUUAUGCUCCAGUUCUGUGUAGUACUAAUGUCGUACCUGCUGUUGCUGGUGAUGGCCCUGGCUGAGGAGUUCAAACACUUUCCCACUGGACUUCAACGAUUCUGCUGCUGGAUCCACGAGAACAACUUUAUGCGCUCUCUGCUCACCCUCACUGCCAUAGCCUUGAACGUCGGCAUGGCUUCUGCUGACAUGGUGUGGUGUAACUUCAUGCAUGGAGAUGUGGAAAGCAGGAACGACACCAGCCAAAGACCUCUAACUGUCUGCACUCAUCCUGAGUUUUUCGUCUUAAGCGGCGUCGUCUCCAUGGUUACCUGCGCGGUCUUUAUAAGACUCAGCUCUCUUCUGAAGCUUACUGUUUUGUUACUGAUAGCGACCGUGUACACAUAUUUUGUCGAGGUGGCCUUCCAUACUCUUUAUGUCAAUCAACAACAAGAGCAGGAGGAGCAGCUCUCCAGAUCUCACUACCUGAGAAGAAAAGGCAUCUUAAUUCUGUUGAUGGCGAUGUUUGUGAUAGCCGUGUUCUUCAACGGUCGUCAGUGGGAGGCCACAGCAAGACUGGAUUUCCUGUGGCGUCUUCAGGCCCAACAGGAAGUGGAGGACAUGCGAGAGCUCAGAGAGCAUAAUGAGUGUCUCCUACACAACAUCUUGCCUGCACAUGUGGCUCGCCAUUUUCUGGACAGGAAAAAGAACGAUGAUGAGUUGUACGCCCAGUCGUACGAUGAGGUCGGCGUGAUGUUCGCCACCAUCGCCGGCUUCAACGAGUUUUACGAACAGAAAGAGAUCAGGCACGAGGGCGUGGAGUGUCUCAGGCUGCUCAACGAGAUCAUUGCUGACUUUGACGAGCUGUUAGACGAGACAUACUUUUUGGAUAUUGAGAAAAUAAAAACCAUCGGGAGUUGCUACAUGGCAGCAUCUGGCUUAUCGCCCGAUAAACAGACCCGUGGUGGCAGCGACUGGCAUCAUCUGAGUGAACUGGUGCUUUUUGCUCUGGCGAUGCAAGAAACCUUGAGAGCGAUCAACAAACACACUUCCAACGAUUUCCAGCUCCGUGUUGGAAUCGCACAUGGACCCGUCGUUGCCGGGGUGAUCGGUGCUGCCAAACCACAGUACGAUAUCUGGGGAAUGACAGUAAACCUGGCGAGCCGCAUGGACAGCACAGGCAUUAAUGGGAGGAUCCAGGUCCCUGAGCCAACCAAGAAGAUUCUGUCCGACUGGGGAUUUGUGUUGGAGCUGCGAGGAGAGAUUUAUAUUAAGGGUGUGAGUGAGCAGCAGGGACAAUUACGCACCUAUUUUAUCAGCAACAGCAGGGCGCACCGGACCAUCAACAUAUCCACUAAAGGGGGGAGGCCCACCAGACGCAAUGUAGGGAGGAACACACUGGCCUCGGUGGUGUUUAGUCUCCUCCGGGCCAUCCAGAAAGAGAAGCAAAGCGGCACCGCUGGACGAUUCUCACUGUCCACGAACAAUGUGCAGUGUUAACGUCUUAAAUAUUACAUAUAAAAUGAAUUGUAAUUGUUGCCUUCGCGUUCCAGGAGAAAUUUCACCCUGGAUCUCCGCAAUGGUGUCAAAACAGCAACCUUCAUCUUCAGUAGGAGGGUUAAAUCUGCAGGAGGCAAAUCUGAGUGUGGGGUGGGUUUGGUGAUGCACAUGGUCAGGUGAGAUCAUGUUGUUUCCGGCGAGAAACUCAUGUGUGAGGAGAGCUCGCUGAUGCACAUGGUCAGAAUAGCACCAGUCGCACGAUGUAAACAGGACGAUGUAUUUUGGCAGACUGACUUAUGAAGGUCGGUGCUCCCUGUGACUGUGCACACAGCCUUUGUACUUUCCUAAUUUAGCAGCACUGUUAAUUGGCAAACCAUCGGUCAGAAAUUUGCUAAUUCAGAAACAGAGCUGGAACUUUGAUGGUACUUUCUAGUCAUUUAAAACAUCUCAAAUGCACCAAAUGAAAGGUGAAAAUUUUGGAACAGACCCCAGUUAUGAGGUAAAUCAAUGUAGGGGCAGGUAUAGUGUUUGUUGUAUUAGCGCGUGUUCCAGCUGUUGUAGCAUUCAACAAUGUUAUCCUACAUCUUCUGUUUUACUGAAUCACUUUGCCAUACUUGAAGCACAGUUACGUCUUAGUUAUAGAUGAAUAUUUAUAUACAUGCAUUAAUAUGUGCAAAGCCAGCAGUCUUUACAAAUCCUGUGUCAAAAUGUGGUGUUUUUUUUAUUUUAUUCUAUUUUAGAGAAUCCCUGUGUCAAGGCCAUGAUGAUUUACAAAUACCUCACACUUACAUUCAUAUUGUAUAUAAAAAAAAAAUUGCAUUCGAUUUUAUUGUAUUAUUCAAAACUUUAACAUUUUGUAUGAAAGAUAUUAAAAAUCAUUUUUAU